AUGGCCAAGAAACCGUAUCACCUCCGUCAUCAGCCGCGUAAAUCUUCAUCGACGACUACGCAGGCUUUCACAGUUAUCAUUCUUCUACUCUUCUUCAUUAUGAUUCUUCUCGGUCUCGGUAUCCUUUCACUACCUAGCACCAGCAGGUCCUCUUCAAGGCCGGUUGAUUUGACCACAAUUGUACGGGAUAGCGAGGAGAGGUUAGGGUUUCUGUUUGCUUGUUUGGCAAGGAGAGUUAUGGAAAUGAAGAUGUACUCGUGGGAGCCUAGAGCUUUCCUUUACCAUAAUUUCCUGACAAAUGAAGAAUGUGAGCACUUGAUUAGCAUGAAAAAGUCAAAGGUGGUUGAUGUGCAAACUGGAGGGAGCAAAGACAGCAGAACCCUAACUUUUGCAACUCUAUUAGCGUGCAGAGUACGAACAAGUUCAGGAACGUUUCUUAAAAGAGGGCAAGACGAAAUAGUGGAAGAGAUUGAGAAUAGAAUUUCAGAUUUCACCUUCAUUCCUGUAGAAAAUGGAGAAGGGCUACAAGUUCUCCACUAUGAAGUUGGGCAGAAAUAUGAGCCUCAUCAUGACUAUUUCUCAGACGAGUACAAUGUCAAAAGAGGAGGGAACCGAAUAGCUACGGUACUCAUGUAUCUCUCGGACGUUGAAGAAGGCGGAGAGACGGUUUUCCCUGCAGCUAAAGGAAACAUUAGUGAUGUCCCGUGGUGGAACGAGCUCUCACAAUGUGGUAGAGAAGGACUCUCUGUUUUACCAAAGAAGAGAGAUGCUUUACUCUUCUGGAGUGCGAGGCCUGAUGCGACCCUAGACCCUUCAAGCUUGCAUGGUUUACAUGAUCAAAUCUAA